AUGUUCCAACUAUUCGAAUUUGAUGAAGACUUGAAUCAACAACAAGUAUCUACGAAUCAUCAAUGGUCAACUACUACUAACAAGACCUCAACAAUUAAUUCCUUCUCUAGCUUACCUGAAGAUUUAUGGAUUGAAAUCUUUUCAUUCUUUCCAACAAGUGAAAAGCUUUUAAACUUGAUUUUAAUAUCUAAACAAUUACAAUCACCAAUUUAUAAAUCUAUUAAAAGCCUAAAAUUAUUAGGUAUUGAUAAUAAUACAACAACAACAUCAUGUAAUAAUAAUAAUACUGUAAAUAGAGUUGCUUACUCUGAAGAUGACAAGUGGCUGAUGAGUCCAAUAUCAACAUACAACAAACCAGCAUUAAGAAAUUUAUCUUAUGCUUCUAGAAUGUCAACUAUGAGAAGAUUAAACAAGUUGAAUAAUACUAAUAAUAAUACUAAUAAUACAACUAAUAAUAAUUCCAUGUCUAAUACUAAUACUAAUACAACAACAAGAUUACAUUCAUCAAGUGUUCCAUCUUCACUCAAUGAUCUAUAUUAUCAACCUGAAGAAGAAGAAGAAAUUAAUCCACUCAUAAAAUUAUUAACACCAUUUUCUAAAAUUACAGAAUUAAGUUUAGAAUUUUGUAAAGCACUUGAUUCUAAAACACUUUGUAAAAUUCUUGAAAAGUUUACACAUUUAGAAAUAUUAACAAUUAUUCAUUGUUCAUCAUUAUAUUCUAUUAAAAUUGAAUAUCCAAUGCAAGUUUGUAAAAAUUUAAAAAGAUUAGAAAUUAGAGAUUGUAGAUCAAUUCAAGAAUGUUCAGGUGGUAUUAAAUUAGAUUGUUAUUUACUUGAACAUUUAAAUAUAACAAGUACACCUUGUAUUAAUGAAAGAUUUAUUAGUAAUUUAAUUGAUAGAAAUUCAAAUACUUUAAAAACAAUUAAUUUAUUUAAUUUAUUAGAUUUUUCAAAUAUUUCAAUUUCUAAAAAGAUGAUUAAUUUAAACAAAAUUAAUUUACAAAGAUGUAAAAAUUUUAAACAAUUUCAUUUACCAAUUAAACAAGUUUGUAAUGUUUUACCUAAAUUAGAAGAAUUAGAUUUAAGUUAUACUAAUAUAAAUGAUGAUUCUAUUAAAUCAUUAACCAAUGAACAAAAAUUAGAUCAAUUAAAAGAAUUAAAAUUAGAAAAUUGUAAAAAUUUAAUUAAACCUAUAAUUGGUAAUUGUCAAAUGUUAACAAGUAUAUCAUUUGAUUUUUGUUCAUAUUUAGAAGAUGUUAAUAUUCCAUCUAAUAAUUGUCCAUCACUUGAUAAAUUAUCAUUAAAUUAUACUAAAAUUAAUGAUAAAUCAAUUGAAAGAAUAUUUAAUUUACCACAACCAUUUAUAGGAUUUAAUGAAUUAAAAACACCACCACCAAUUACAAAAUUAUCAGCAAAGAAAUGUAAAUUAAUUUAUAAUCCUAAAAUUACAUCUUAUUCAUUAGAAGAUUUAGAUUUACAUGGUUGUUAUAAUAUUUCAUCUCUUUCAUUAAUUGAUUUAAGUAAAAAAUCAUUAAAGAGAGUUAAUUUAGGAUGGACUAAAAUAGAUGAUGAUAAUUUAACUAAAAUAGUAGAAACAUGUCCAUCCAUUAGAGAAUUAUCUGUUAAUACAUGUGAUAAUUUAAUUAAUCCAACUAUACAAUCUAAUUCAUUACAAUUCAUUUCAUUUCAAGGUGCUCAUCAUUUACAAAAUCCAAUUUUAAAAUGUUCAUCUUUGAAACAUGUUGAUUUGAGAAAUUGUGAUAAUUUAGAAUCACCUACUUUAAUUAAAAGAAAAAAGAAAAAGAUUCAUCAUUUUUCAUCAUUUAAUUUAAAUGAUAAUAAUUUAAAUGAUAAUUUAAAUGAAAAUAGAAAUGAUGACAAUAUUUAUCAAGUGAGAAGAAGAUUGAAUUUUGAUGAUUUUAUAGAUUCUUCAACACUAGUUGAUUCAAAUAUAAUUGGAAAUUCUACCAAUGAUAUUAAUGAUGAUAUCAAAGCACAACAAGAUGAACCAACAACAUUCAACAGACAUUUGAAUAUUUAGAAGAUGAUGAUAAUAAUGAAUGUGAAUCAUCUCCAAUAUUUCAUCCAAAAAUGAAAGUAAUUGAAGAAGAAAACAAUGAUGAAAUUGAAUUGUAAAUUAAUAAAAUUGUAAACUUC